AUGCACUACCUAUUCUUCUUCUUCUUCUUCUUAUUGGGCCCAAGUCCAAUUCUCGCUCGGAAUGCUCACGUCAUCAAUUUCCGGUCACCUAACCUCUACCCGGAAUCCCUCGCCUGGGACCCACACGCCCAGCACUUCCUCCUCGGCUCCCUCCGCCAACGCAUAAUCGCCGCCGUCUCCGAUGCCGGCGUCGUCGAAACCUUCAUCUCCGACACCGACCUUCCCGCUGACGCCUCCUUCCUCGGUCUCGCCGUCGAUUCCCCACGGAACCGCCUCCUCGCCGUAGUCCACGCCCACCAUCCCCUCCCUCCCUUCAACGCCCUCGCCGCCUACGAUCUCCGCUCCCGCCGCCGCCUCUUUCUCUCCCCUCUCACCUCCGACGGCGAUGACGACGCACCCUCCGCCGCCAACGACGUCGCCGUCGACAACAGCGGCAACACAUUCGUCACCAACUCCGCCGGAAACUUCAUCUGGAAGGUCACCGCCGACGGAGACGCCUCGAUCUUCUCCAAAUCGCCGCUGUACACGGCGGAGACGAAUAAUAAUCCGGUGGACCGCGACGCACCGCACGGCCUCCUAGGGCUGAACGGGAUCGCUUACGUCAGCAAGGGCUACCUCCUGGUGGUGCAAUCGAGCACCGGGAAGGUGUUCAAGGUGGAUGCGAUGGACGGCACGGCGAGGAACGUGUUGCUGAGCGAGGAUCUGGUCGGCGCCGACGACAUCGCCGUCAGACAGGACGGCGUGGCGGCGGUGGUGUCGCCGAUGAACAAGAUGUGGUUCUUGAAGAGCAUGGAUAGUUGGGGGGAGGGAGCGGUGUAUGACAAGGUGGAGCUUGAUCUGCGGCGGUUUCCGACGUCGGUGGUGGUUGGGGAGAAGGAAAGGUUAUAUGUUUUGUAUGGGCAUUUGAAUGAAGGGAGAAUGGGGGAUUCAGGGAGAGAGAGUUUUGGAAUUGCUGAGAUGAGAUCCAAAAAGGAAGGUCAAAAUGAGAAUGUUUGGAUCUUUGUUUUGAUUGGUAUUGGCUUCGCUUAUUUCUUCUUUUGGAGGUUUCAGAUGGCUCAGCUUGUCAAGAAAAUGGAUCACAAGAUCAAUUGAUUUUUUGUUUU